AUGGAAAUUGAUAAUUUAUUUUUUUACUGUUGGAGAAAUGUUUAUAUUAGAGGUUUAAUAUUUAAUUUUAUUAAAACCAAUAAAACAGAAUUAAUAAAUCCAAAUUUUGGUAUUUACAAUUAUUAUCAAAUGAAUGAUGUAAAUUUAAUGGCAACAAAUAAAGGAUUAAAGCAAUUGUUAGUUGAAAAGGUUGAAAAAAAAUAUCAUUUAAAUUUUAAUUUUUCAAAAUCUGGAAUUCCUUUUGAAAAUAUUUUUAAAAAUUUUAAAAAUGAAACUGAUAAAGAAUUUUUUAAUAAUCUAUUCAAAAAUUAUCCAAAUUAUUUUUUAUCUUCAAUUGAUAUAACAGCAGAAUAUUCAAUGGCCUGUGAUUGUGUUGUUGCAUUCCAAGUUUUAGUAAAUAAUUUUAAUUAUACUCCAAUUAAUUGUAAACAAUUAUUUAUUGAUUCAAUUUUAAAAGGUUCUAUCGAAACUUCAAAAUUAAUAAAUGAAAAGUUUAAUCCAAAACUAAACCAAAUUGAUUAUGAUGAAAUUUGGAAAUUAUUAUUAAAUAAGAAUGUUGACCUUGUAAUAGAAGAAACUAUUCCAAAUAAUGACCCAAUUGGUAAAAUUAAUAAAUCAAUUGAAUAUUUAGUAAAAGAAUUAAAUGCACCCUUACCACCACCUAUCGAUAAUAAUUCAUUUAAAUGUUUUAUUGAUUUUUCAAUUAAAAAUAGAAAUCUUGAAUAUAUUUUAUCAACUUGUUAUUCAAUUUCCUAUUUAAAAUCAUCUUUGGAAUUAUUUAUUUCUCCAUUUCCAAAUUUAACCAAUUCAUUUAAAAUUUUAACAAUUAAAGAAUUGGAUGAAAUUAAAAUGAAAUUAACUAGACAAGAAUUAGAAAGUAAUGUACAAGAUAUUGAAACUAAUAAUGAAAUAAUUUCAAAAUUAGUUGGAAUGGCUUCAAAAUUUACAAUUGAAAAUGUUGAUUUAAUGGAACUUGAACCACAUCAAAAAGGUAAAUCAAUUAUAAUCACUGGUAAAGAAUCAUUUAAAAUUUUUAGAUCAUGUAAAAAUAAUAUUGAAAAUGUUUUUAAAAUAAUGGUACAAGAUAUUAUUGAUAAUUUCACAUUUAGAACUAAACCAUUAACUGAGAUUCAUUCAGUUUUAGAUAUUAUUAAAUUUUUAGCUACUUUUGGUGAUACAAAAUUAGUUUUAGAAUUAUUUGCAGAAAUUAAUAAAAACUAUGUAAUAGUUUCAGGGUACCCAAAUCAAGCAUAUUCUCUAGUAACUUCAACUGAAAUGUUUGAUAUUAUAUUUUUUAAAUUUAAAAAUGCAUUUAGAUUAAAUGAAAUUUAUGAUCUUGUUGAUUCAAAUAAUGAUAGAACAAAUACUUAUUUAAUUUUAGAUCAUUUUAAAUCAAAAUAUCCAAAUGAAUAUAAUAAAGUAGUAGCACAUUAUAAUCCAUUGCCAAAUCAUUUAUUAAAUGAAUUUAUUUUCAAUAAUUUAGAAGAACAUAAACAAAAACUAAUUGAAAGUGAAUGUUGGCUAAAUAGAGUAAGAAAUGGUGUUGUACCAUUAGAACAUUUUAAAAAACUUUUAGAAAUCACUCCAGAUGAUCAAGAAUAUCAUUGUUUUGAAAGUAGUGAAAUUUUUAAUUAUGUUUUCAAUCAACGUAUGCAUGAUAUUGAAAAUGGUAGAUUUCAAUUAACUCAAAGAUCAAAUUUAUUAAAUUAUUAUGUUACUGGUAAAUUAGAAACAACAAUUUUAAAUUAUAUUGAAAAACCAAUAAAUUUUCCAAAUUUAAAUAGUUGUAUAGAUUUAUUAAUUAAAUUUAAUGAUUUAAUUUCAUUGAAAUUCAUUUUUGAUUAUUUUAAUUUACCAAAUUGUUCAAAUUAUCAAAUAUUCUUUAAAAAUCAUUUAAUAUUGAUAUCAGAACAAAAUAAUUUACAAGUUUUAUCAUUUAUUUUUCAAAAUUAUCCAACAUUACUAACUCAAGAAAAUUUACAAUUCUUAUUUAAUCAUUGUUAUCAAAAAACUGCCUCGAUUGAAAUAAUUAAUUAUAUUAUUAAAUCAAUUAGAUUUAAACCAAAUUUAUUAAAUUUAUAUUCUAUUCCGAUUGUAAAAAAUUAUUUUAAUUUUUCAAAUUAA